CUGCCUGCGUUCUCAAUGGAUGGUGAUUAUAUUAUUGGAGGGGCUUUCUCCAUUCACUACAACAUGCUGCCAGUAAAGCACAACUACACCACCAAGCCUGAGCCACUAAGUUGCACGGGGAGAAUUGAACCUCGUGAGCUACGCUUCUCACGUGCAAUGAUCUUUGCCAUUCAGGAGAUUAACAAUAGUACAAAGCUGCUUCCAGGCAUCAGGCUCGGUUAUCAAAUUCACGACUCCUGUGCCUCAAUUCCCAUGGCUGUAAAAGUGGCCUUCCAGCUUUCAAGUGGCCUAGAUUCAGUGUUUUACACUAGUGACAACUGCUCCCAGUCGGGUAUGGUGAUGGCUGUUGUUGGUGAGUCUGCAUCUGGGCAGUCCAUUGCCAUGUCACGCAUCAUUGGGUCAUUUAAUGUUCCUCAAGUGAGCCACUUCGCUACUUGUGCGUGUUUGUCAAAUAAGCAUCAAUAUCCCAGUUUUCUCAGAACAAUCCCCAGCGAUCAGUUCCAGGCUGAUGCACUGGCCAAGCUGGUGAAGCAGUUUGGCUGGACUUGGAUCGGUGCUGUCCGAUCAGACUCAGACUAUGGGAACAAUGGCAUGGCAUCUUUCCUGAAUGCAGCACAAAAAGAGGGGAUCUGUGUGGAAUACUCUGAAUCUUUUUAUCGUUAUCAUCCACUUACCAGAAUCAAAAGAGUGGCCAAUGUCAUCCGCAGGUCAACAGCUGUGGUCGUUGUGGCAUUUGUAUCCUUUGCAGACAUGAAGGUUCUGCUGGAAGAAAUGUCUCUUGGCCCUUCUCCACCUCGCCAGUGGAUAGGCAGUGAGUCGUGGGUAACUCACCCUGACAUGCUAAAGUUCACCUUUUGUUCUGGAGCUGUUGGGUUUGGUAUCCCAAGAUCUACCAUCCCAGGUCUCAGAGGCUUCUUGCUAGAUCUCUCUCCCUCUAAAGUGACAGCCUCCCCAAUUUUAACAGAGUUUUGGGAAGAUGCUUUCAACUGUAGACUGGAAAAAAGUUCUUCCAUGGACAAGAGUGCAUGUAAUGGGAGUGAAGACAUACACACUCUCCAGAGCCCGUACACUGACACAUCUCAGCUUCGUAUCACUAACAUGGUGUACAAGGCUGCUUAUGCAAUAGCUCAUGCCAUUCAUGAUGCUGUGUGUCAGGAGAUUGAUUCUAAAACUCAGUGUGACAAACUCACCAGAAUAGAGUCCAAACAGAUUCUAACUGAGCUGAAGAAAGUCAACUUCUCCCAAAAUGGUUAUAAUGUGUCGUUUGAUGCCAAUGGGGAUCCUGUGGCCAUGUAUGAGCUGGUUAACUGGCAGAAAGGUAAGAGUGGCAGCCUUGAGAUGGUGACAGUAGGAUACUAUGACGCUUCACGGCCAAAGGGCCAAGAGUUCCACAUCUACCAGAACCUCACCUGGAUGGAGGACAGGACAGAGGUGCCUGUCUCAGUGUGCACUGACAGCUGUCCUCCAGGAACUCAUAAAGUGCUGCAGAAGGGAAAACCCAUCUGUUGUUUUGACUGUGUCCCAUGUCCUGAAGGAGAGAUUAGCAACACCACAGAUUCACGCAAUUGUCUUGUUUGCCCAAAGGAGUUCUGGCCUAAUGCAGAGAGAGACACUUGUUUACCGAAGCCUGUGGAGUUUCUCUCUUACAACGAGUUUCUAGGAAUCAUCUUGGCUACAUUCUCCGUUGGUGGAGCUUGUCUUGCUGUUAUAACAGCAACUGUAUUCUUCCGUCACAGAACCUCCGCCAUAGUCAGAGCCAACAACUCUGAGCUGAGCUUCCUGCUGCUCUUUUCCUUGACUCUGUGCUUCCUAUGCUCAUUAACUUUCAUUGGCGCCCCCUCAGAGUGGUCCUGCAUGCUGAGACACACAGUGUUUGGCAUUACCUUUGUCCUCUGCAUCUCUUGUGUUCUGGGGAAAACUCUAGUUGUGUUAAUGGCCUUCAAAGCGACACUACCAGGCCGCAAUGCCAUGAAGUGGUUUGGUCCUCCACAGCAAAAAAUGACUGUGGUGUCUUUCACAUUCAUCCAAGUUUUAAUCUGCACAGUGUGGUUAAUUCUUAAUCCUCCUUUUCCCAUCAAAAACCUCUCAACGUACAAAGACAGAAUCAUCCUGGAGUGUGCAUUGGGUUCAGCAAUUGGGUUCUGGGCUGUGCUGAGCUACAUAGGCCUGCUUGCUGUAUUUUGCUUUGUUUUGGCUGUCCUAGCCCGAAAACUACCUGAUAAUUUCAAUGAAGCCAAGUUCAUCACCUUCAGCAUGCUGAUAUUUUGUGCAGUCUGGAUCACCUUCAUUCCAGCUUAUGUCACCUCUCCUGGGAAAUUUACUGUGGCUGUGGAGAUAUUUGCUAUUCUGGCCUCUAGUUUUGGAUUAAUACUGUGCAUAUUUGCUCCAAAGUGUUUUAUUAUAGUGUUUAAACCAGAAAAAAACACCAAGAAACAUUUGAUGACCAGACGUAAUUUCUAGACCUUUUGGUAAGACGACAUCAUACAUUUUAGGGGUCAUGCUGUGUGGAUGUAUCAGAAUCUAAAUGCUUUAGUAAUUAAUUAGCAUUUUUAAGAUGAUAAUCCUUAACAGCAGAUUAUUUUUUUAUUCUUGGUUUAAUUGUAAAAUUGCCUUCUUUUUUUACUGAUAUACUGUAAAGUCAAUUUGUGCACCUCUGCAAUAAGUUUGAUUGGUCUCAUGGUGAUGUACAAGCAGAUAGGUGGAGAUCUAAACACAUCUGUAUAAUAAUUGUAUAAAUAUUACUAAGCUGCAGCAGCUGUACUGUGGUGGCAGAAUAAAGUAUAAGGUUGCAAGACAGUCAGUAGUCUAUAGUGACCGUGCGGCUACUGUAGCCCAUAAGUAGAUUAGCAGUGUGAUUGUCCAAGAAUAAAAUGCUUGGUAAGGCUGUGUUUGUGUGCAAGGUCCUCUGUCUUCAAGAGAUAUUACCAUAAUUCACUAUUUAA